AAUAAAAAACGCAUUUCCUUAGGUGUGAAGCUGAUCCAGGGCAUUCUCCCACAGCCAGUUUGCUCUGUCAGCCUUGAGCUUCUCUACUUGAUGGUCCCUGCAGCCCCACGUGGACUUGUUUUCUUCUCUCCUGCUCCUCAACUCUAUUUCAGGGUAGGUACUGGAAAAUUGAGAAGAUCCUGCAGAUAACUUGCAACAUCUGAAAGAGCAAUCAGUAAGCAAAAAUGGAAGGCUAGGAACCAUGGUCUGAUCUACGGCUGCGUCCCCACCAGCUGAGUCCAGUGUUGCAGGCCUAUUUAUCACUCUGUCAUCAGGAAGAGGGCUUGAAGGCAGAUUUGUCUAGGUGGAUGUUGUGCAGCUUUGACAGCUGUUUCCCAUCAGUCUGUAAGUCUGUGGGGCAACCCACACAUGGUCACUUCUCAACUGAGGCUGCCAGAACUUUGGUUCAUGCUGUUUGUGCCUCUGAAGAGUCCUCACUAGCUGUUCAGAACCAUGUCUGACAACGGAGAACUGGAAGACAAGCCACCAGCUCCUCCUGUGCGGAUGAGCAGUUAUGGGGGAAAGGACCCGUUGUCUGCCAACCACAGCUUGAAACCUCUGCCCUCCGUACCAGAAGAGAGAAAACCUAGGAAUAAAAUCAUCUCCAUAUUCUCUAGCACUGAAAAAGGAAGCAAGAAGAAGGAAAAGGAACGACCAGAAAUCUCCCCGCCGUCAGACUUUGAGCACACUAUCCAUGUUGGCUUUGAUGCUGUCACUGGAGAGUUCACUGGAAUGCCAGAGCAAUGGGCUCGGUUGCUACAGACCUCAAAUAUCACCAAGUUAGAACAGAAGAAAAACCCUCAGGCGGUACUCGAUGUGCUGAAAUUCUACGACUCCAAAGACACAGCAAAACAGAAAUAUCUGAGCUUUUCUGCUCCAGAAAAAGAUGGUUUCCCUUCAGGAACACCAACGACCAAUGCCAAAGGUUCAGAGCCAUCAACAGCUGUGGCAGAUGAUGAUGAUGAUGAUGAAGAAGCCCCGCCUCCUAUUAUUGCUCCGCGCCCAGAUCACACGAAAUCGAUUUAUACACGGUCUGUAAUUGACCCCAUCCCUGCACCAGCUGGUGAUGCUUCUGUUGAUGGUGGAACGAAGUCAGGUGAUAAGCAGAAAAAGAAGACCAAAAUGUCAGAUGAAGAGAUCAUGGAGAAACUACGUACUAUUGUGAGCAUAGGCGAUCCCAAGAAAAAAUACACCAGAUAUGAAAAAAUUGGGCAGGGGGCUUCAGGUACCGUUUUCACAGCUAUUGAUGUGGCUACUGGGCAGGAGGUUGCUAUCAAGCAGAUAAACCUGCAGAAACAGCCCAAGAAGGAGUUGAUUAUUAAUGAGAUCUUGGUAAUGAAGGAGCUAAAGAACCCCAACAUAGUCAACUUCCUGGACAGUUACCUCGUAGGAGAUGAACUGUUUGUGGUGAUGGAGUAUCUAGCUGGAGGCUCACUAACAGAUGUGGUCACAGAAACAUGUAUGGAUGAAGCACAGAUUGCUGCUGUUUGCAGAGAAUGCUUGCAAGCGCUUGAGUUCCUCCAUGCCAACCAGGUCAUCCACAGAGAUAUAAAGAGCGACAACGUGCUGCUAGGGAUGGAUGGAUCAGUUAAACUAACCGACUUUGGUUUCUGUGCUCAGAUCACCCCAGAGCAGAGCAAGCGCAGCACUAUGGUUGGAACUCCUUACUGGAUGGCUCCUGAAGUCGUCACACGGAAAGCCUAUGGCCCUAAAGUGGAUAUCUGGUCCCUAGGCAUCAUGGCUAUUGAGAUGGUGGAAGGAGAACCCCCGUACCUCAAUGAAAACCCCCUGAGGGCGUUAUAUUUGAUAGCAACUAAUGGCACACCAGAGCUUCAGAACCCUGAGAAACUGUCCCCAAUAUUCCGGGAUUUCUUAAACCGAUGUUUGGAGAUGGAUGUCGAGAAAAGAGGAUCAGCCAAAGAAUUGCUACAGCAUCCCUUCUUGAAACUGGCCAAACCUCUGUCUAGCUUGACGCCACUGAUCCUGGCAGCCAAAGAAGCAAUGAAGAGUAACCGCUAACGUUAUUGCCGUGGCCUACGUUUGGUUUUGUUUUGUUUUGUUUUUACAAAUCUUUUUAAUAUAUGAAAUUGUUACACUUCUGGUGGGAGGGAAGAGGUUUGCGGGUGGGAUGGGGCGGGGGGAACAUCUGCAAAAGGGAAGCAACUCUCAUCCAGAAGACACCUGGCAUAAAUUGUGGUGAAUCUAGUGAUCCCUUUCUGGGGUCCAGAAGGAAUUGAGGACUGAAUUACUGGCUUUUUUUUUUUUUUUUUUACCCUUUUUCUCCUAUAUUUUUUUUUCUCCAGACAGCCCAGAAAUGCCACUUAGCAUGCCCAGGGUUUUAAGGGCUUUAAUGACUUUACUGUAACAACUCCCAUUCAUUGUACCCUUGUGGGUGCUUUUAGUACUUGAAUGACCGAUUCAAGCUUUCAGAGAGCAGCACUAAUGUUACCAGCUGAUCUCUUUCAUUCUCCUCUUCCUCCUCUCUACCUGUAAAUUGCUCUGGUAAGCUCCCAAAUGACAAGAUUCACAUCAUGUGACUGAUGUGAAGGUACAUCUUGCCCCUUCUUCCUUAUACAACUGUCACUCAACUGUUUAAUUAAUAGUGGAGCUGCUCAAGAAAUCACAACAUGAGAUAUAUUUUGCUUUUUGAGACGUGUGGAGAGAGGGGGAAGAGAAGUAUCCAGAUGCUUUCCAUGUGCCUGUGCUCUGUGGACUAUUAAUCGAAGAUGUGGCUACUUUGUAGAAACCUCAUGAUUGGUCAAGUCUUUGGAUUUCAGAUUAUGGAUAUGUAGGUAAGGGUCAGAUAGUUUAUUUAUGAUCAAAUGAUCAGCUAUAGUCAGGGCAAGAAAACAAUUCCAGCUGUCUUCCUGUGUGUUCUUUUUCCCAUUAGACUUGCUGGCCAGAAGCUUAAGGGGUAUUUUGCUUGGUGUGGUGGGUGGUUCAAAAACAUGUAUUGCAUCUGUGCUCUGACUUGGGCUUUGGAAGUUAUGCUGGUGCCUUUGACUUUUUACUUUACAUUUUCUUUCUUGUAUCAAAUACAUUUUUGUAUAUGUUGUAAUUUUUUCCCCCAAGCAAGUAAUGCAUCAAAGUAUGGAGUUGUCAGAAUUUAAGUAUUAGAGCUAUUUUUUUCCAGUUUUGUAUGUGCUCUGUUUGUAUUAACAAAAUGAAAACAAGUCAUCAGAUCUGAGGACACUGAAGAUGCAGGUUUUCUCAAACAGAAGAUUACAAACACCUGGAAAUGCCAAAAUGCUGUUCUGAGAAGACGGAGGCUGAGACAAGAGAGCAGUGCCUUCAGACAUCCACAGGGCUUAUUUAGCUGGCUGGUUUGAAGCUGAAGAGACUUGGUGCAUCAUCACACUGACCCUUUCUCAAUGCAAGAAAAAGUGCCUCCCUUUGAGGGACAGUGAGCGCCUUCAGUGACUGAUUUCUUGGUGUGUUAAUGGGGCAAGUGUAAAAGAGCCUGUGCCCCCAGCUUCUUUUAGUGCUACAGUCUAUGCAUUUCAACUUCCCAAACAGUUUAAUGAAGAACUAACUGUAGUUACAACGUGCCAAAUGAUUCUGUGAAUGAGUAACUGUUACUUUACUGGGAUUUUAUCACUUUUGCAGUGGGCAGGACCUGGGAUGGAUAGGGUUAUUGCUGGGUAUUAACAGAGGACCCUGAGUAAAAUUUGUACACACCUUUACAAGCGUUGCUGGCAGGAGCUAGAAGUCAUUUUCAGAUAAUUUUGUACACAGAGAGAGAAAAAAUUAAGGCUUGGGGACUGUAGCCAAGGUAUGAGGAAACUCAGAGCUGAGAGCAGCCAGCCAGAACUGCUGAGCCUGUGUCUGUUGGUGAGGGAAGGUGAGCAGGACUACGGUCCCAAAAUGUUGGCAGUGACUCACCAGCUUCUAGGAGAUGGCUUUGUGCCACCCAGGUGCCUUACUGUGCAGGGAUCUGCAGUGCCACCACUCAGUUUAUCUUCUGCUCUUUCGUGGUAGGAACCCAAGUACGUUACGGUAACUGCGCCGCCGGAGGACAAAAUCCCUCUAGUUGUAUGGGCGAGAAUAGCUGUGGUUUUAAGUUCCAGAUAGUGUCUUAUUCCAGGCAGGUAAAUCUGGGUGCAUUUCCCAGGCAAAACGUGUCGCAGGCCGUGGUCGCUGUAAACACUAGAAUGGCAUUGCUCUUGGUUUGAAUGCGUCUGGCUUCCUGAUCGGUGAAGUAGCAAGGAAGCUUGGCUAAGGAAAAAACCUGUCUUAUUGAUGAUUCCCUCUUUGUCCAUUGCUGGCAAUGGACUUUGUGAAACUCCUUGUGCCAGAGUUAAGGUGGGAGCUUUUCUUUCUUUCUUUUUUCUUCUUUUUUUUUUGUUUUUAAUCUUUUUUUUCUUUGAUGGCACAGUCUAGACAGUAAGAUAAGUAUAACUUGUGAUAAAUCUAGAAUUUUUUAAAUAGAAAAAAAAAAAACGUGAGAUCAUAAGUAAUUUUAACUUAUUAGUUCACUUUUAUUGAUGAAUGAGAACGGUUUUAAACUUGUAUUAUGAAAAUUGUCCAAUUUAGUCUACUUAGGAGGUGGUUUCCAAGCUUACAGUCAUCCUAGCAAACAAGACUUAGCCCGGCCCCAGAGUUACAAAACAUAUCUUGAUGCUUGCUGGAAUGGUGUUAGCUCUGAGUUGAGGAGUGCUGCAAGGUGGGGUCAGAGAUGAGCCGGGAGAAGGGGAGAGCCAUGAGGGGGUUGCUGUGCUCUGCUUUUGUGUGUCUGGGGGUUUCUCUGCCAGUGUCAGCUGCGUGUCUGCGAAACAAGGAUGCGAGCCGUGCUUUUUUCCCCUGAAUGGAGACGAGCAUUUGUAAGACUUGCUGCUGCUCCACUUGGCUAACGUAGACAAACAGAACAGCCAGAGUUGGAGUAGAUGCUGAAAAGGAAGAGUUUGCUUUAGGAAGCGCUGGGGUUCCCACAUGCCUCGCUCUCUUGGGUGCAGUGCAGCAGCCCAGGUUGGCCUGUCGAUGCAGCGCGUGUGCCACGUGUGUGGGAGGCCCUGUGGUGGGGUGACUCGCUGGGCAGCUCGAGGCUGGGAUGCACGUGUGCAGGAAAUGUGCAACUCUUGGGAUCUCUGUUACCGUGGAACAAAGCGGGUUGCUCGUGGGAAGCAGCCGUGGUGCUGGGAGCGCUCUGACGUGAGGCAGCUCCUGUGGUGGAGGGUGGCUGGGGGAGCCAGAAGGCUGAUCAAGUCUCUCCAGCUGGUGUUAAAUACGCGUCUCUGGUCCGUUUUCCCUCUGUCCCUCACGCUAUCAGUGGAAAUGGAAGUGGGUGCAAGCUUUCUCUUUAUUUUUUUAACUGUCUUCAGAUUUUAAUGUUGCCUUUUGUGUAAUUUAAUCCCAUUAUGUUAUUUAAUUGUUACUGCAAUAUUAACUACUGUAUUUGUUGACUUUGUUUAAUAACUGUUCUUUCAGGGCUAGAAAUAAACUUCUAAAAAAAAAAUAAA